AAAACAGAGCCGACGGAGACGAGGAGCAAGGGACAGACAGACACAGGCACCGUCACCCGCACUGCUUAGCAACAAGCAUGGACGGAGAUGGAGAUAUCUUGGGGAUGCGACGGCGGCCUGAACCAGCCCAACCGGCUGAACCAACAACAGCUUCGGCGGGUAAUCCCGCCGCUGUUGCUGAUGCGGCGCCCGAAGCAGCAGCGGCAGCUGCAAGGCAUGCCGCCGGUGCUAGCCCGUUGAAAAGGAAGCGGUCUCUAGCAGCGGGGGCAGCGACCAGAGCAGAAUUUCAGGUUGUUGAGAGCGUGGCCGGCGAGGUGCCCGUGGAUCAGCUCAACCCGGAACAGCUUCAGAGGUACAAGGCCUGGGUGCGGAGUCGAUUCGAGCGUGCCCCCAUCCGCGAACUCAUUCUGGACCAGGCGGCCCCUACCCUCGUGCGGAGCAUCGAGAGUGGGCAGGGUAGGGGAGUGGUGCAAGAGACGUCCACCAUCGCCGUGGCGUCGAUGGCCAAGCAGUUCGUCGGAGAUCUCGUAGAAGAAGCCAAGCGUGCACAACUGGAGAGGGGAGACGCAGGGCCGCUGAAACCGAGCGACCUGUUGAAGGCGCGGGAGACCCUGGCGAGGGAUGGACGGGGCCCGCCGCUGCGAUCGCCUACGACGCGUGACCGCGGGUUGGCGGGCGUGCAGGGCAGAAACGGCGGCGGCGGGAGUUUAUUGGGAGGGCCAGGCGUGCUGACAAGAGGCAACCCUAUUUGAUUCGAAAGAAAGGGGGAUGCCGUCUGUUUAUGGGUGCAGGAGGGGGAGAAAAGAGGGUGUGUCUGUUGCUGUGCAUCGUGUGGUUGCGAUGCUGACGCCAUUUUGUCUUUUUUGUGUCAAAUAUGUACAAGUUCAAAUAGAAAAGCAGCGUGUGAAAAAACCUUUCGAUGGGUGUGGUGGCGUCAAGACUGUACAUGAGCGCACUGCAAUAGAAAUAGCAAAACAUGUGUUUGUACCUUGUGCAUUUUUUUCCGUUUCGGUUGUUGUGUUGUUCACGCUGCUCAUCUUGGGCACGUGCAGCGUACAGAACGAUCGAUUCCGGGUGUGAUCGGGAAGGGAGGCAUCAAUCAAACCACGUUGCGCAGGGUAACGCGCCUUACAGAACGCCGUC